AUGUUUUUGCAAGUAAAAUACAUUGACUGCUCCAAAGUUGCGACAGGGCCCGAUGAUCAAGUGUAUCGCAAACUUCCAGCAGCUUUACCCGACUCCUCCGAUAUGUUCCAGCUGCUCGAGUAUUGGAUUAACGACUGCCAAACGAAUCACGACCGUUGCAAGUUCAAUUUUAUUGGCCAGAGACAAGACACAGGACACCUCCCGAUUCUUCCCUCUCGAAUAAUAGAUGUCGGAAGGGCCGUAGGCCAUCUGCCGCUCAAGCUCGUGGAGAGUCGUAAAUUGAAUAUCAGAGCUCAAUACGCAACUUUGAGCCACUGCUGGGGACCUCCAGAGAGUCGUCCCAUCCAAACGACUCGUUCAAACGUCGAGCGACACCUCCACGAGGGAUUCAGUCCCAGCUGCCUGACGCAGACUUUCAAAGACGCCGUGCUCAUCACGCAGAAGCUCGGAUUGAGGUAUCUCUGGAUCGACUCGCUUUGCAUCAUACAAGACGAUCUCUCCGACUGGGAACGCGAGUCAGCGCACAUGGGAGCCAUAUACCGGGACUCGCUCGUCACCAUUUCAGCCAGCGGAGCAGCGGACGGAUCGCAGGGCUGCUUCAUGCAGAAGCCUUUCCACGACGCAGUCAGCCUUCCGUUGCCCGCCGCCGCCGCUCCCCCAAGCGGCCGCUCGUCUCCCACCCGACUUUGGAUAUCCUCCGCAACGUCGUGUCGCCGGACGCCCUUCUUCAGAGACCUCGGCCCCCUCGGCAACCGCGCCUGGAUCACCCAGGAAUGGAUCCUCUCCCCGCGCGUCAUCCACUUCACACGCACGCAGACGGUCUGGUCCUGCCGCUCGCUGAGCAUAUCCGAAACCGGCGCCGCCUGCCCCCUCCUCCGCAUCCGCGGCUGGCAAGACGACGCCACCAAGCCCCCCGAAGUAAGCACCGGGAGGAGCGACUACGCCUGCCCGUCCGCCGUCAGCAUCUACGACGCCUGGCACCACAUCGCGCAGGGCUACUCGGCGCGCCGCCUCACCGUCCCCACCGACAAGCUCGUCGCCAUCCAAGGCCUCGUGACCGAGAUCGAGCGGGGCCUCGAGACGCUUGCGCGCUCUUCCUCCUCCCGCGACGUCGACCCUGCAACAACGACAACAACAACAACAACAACAACAACAACAACAACAAUCACCCCCGACACCUGCCUCUACGGCACCUGGCGCGCCAAGCUCCCCGACCAGCUCCUGUGGCACGUCGCCCACCACCAUCACCACCCCGCAAAGCGCCCCCCUCUGCCCCCCGCCCGCUCGACCACCCGUUGCUCGACCCCCCUGCGCGACGGCGACGACGACGAGGACGACGACGACGACGACGACGCGGGCAUCAUCACCACCACCACCAUCCCGUCUUGGUCGUGGGCCUCGGUCGAUGCCGCCGUCCGGUUCGUCGUGGCGCCGGCGCCGGCGCGCGCGUGGGCGUGGGAGCGCGCGUACGAGUGGUGCUCGAUCGUCGAGGAGACGGGGGUGGUUGCGUUGCGUGGGCUGUGCGUGAGGGUGUUUGCUUGGAGGUUGUCGGUGGCGGAGGCGGCGGGGGGAAGGAGCGAGGAGGAGGGGCAGGAGGGGGGCGAGGAGGAGGAGGAGGAGGAGGAGCACGAGGGGGAGGAGAAGCACGAGGGGGAGGAGCACGAGGGGGAGCACCAGGACGAGGGGGACGAGGGGAAGGGAGACAGACGGCGGCGGCGGCGUGCGGUGGCGGCCGCCGAUGAUGAUGGCGGCGUCGUUGAGUGGCCGCUGUUCGCCGCCGAUGGGAGCGUCGUCGGGGCCGCGCUGGCCGACGAGUGUGCUGCGGAUGCAGAACGCCGCCGCCGCCGCCGCCGCCGCCGCCGCCCCCCUCUCGGGCCGUUGUACGUGGUGCCGCUGCGCAGGGACGGCGUCAGGUGGGUCGGAUCGCUGCUGCUGGAAGCGCUGGAGCAGGAGCAGGAGCAGGAGCAGGAGCAGGAGCAGGAGCAGGAGCAGGCCGGGCACUACAGGCGGGUCGGGCUGGUCCUGGAGACGGCGGGUGACGCGCUCCAGAAGGCGGCGGAGGUGAAGGAUAUCUUCAUCCAUUGA